AUGACCACUGCUUUCACCAUGCUGCUGCUUUUAAAAUUUGUCCUCAUACAAGACUUAUGUGUCAAGAAGGAGCUAGAAUCUAUUUAUGGCAGUGCAGCAAAAGAAGUUGUCAGCAUAUCUGAAGAUGAUCUUAAGAACCUCCCAUUUAUCAAGUGGUGUAUUUUGGAGACAAUACAGUUAAGAGCACCAGGUGCCAUUGCCAAGAAAGUAACAAAUCCAAUAAAUGUUCAGAAUUUUGUUAUGCCUACUGGUGACCUGCUGGUGAAGUCUCCAUAUUGGUUUCAUAGAAACCCACAAUAUUUUCCUGAACCCAACACUUUUAAGCCAGACUGUUGGAAGGAAGCAAAUUUAGAGAAAAAUCAAUUCUUGGAAGGCUUUGUAGCAUUUGGAAGAGGAACACACCAGUGUCCUGGGAAGUGGUUUGCUAUCAUGAAAAUUCAUAUUCUAGUUGUUUUGUUCCUUUGCAAAUAUGAAUGUAGUCUUUUGAAUCCACUAUCGAAAGAGAGUUCUCUCCACUUGGUGGGCGCACAACAACCCGAGGGACCAUGCAGAAUUCAUUAUAAAUUGAGAACAUAA